AUGGAUGAAGAGGAAGCGGCCGAGGACGCGGCAAUGGCGGAUGCCGCAGAGGCCGCCGCGGACGAGGACGAGGGACCGGCGAGUGAUGGUGAAGAAGAAAGAAUGGAAGUGCGCGAACUUCAACUUUCCGCCGGGCACAACGACGGAACAGAUGCGAGCGGCCCUGCGCCGACACAAACAGGACUGGUGCCCAAUGGCACCAAAGGCGGCAAUGAAACAGCGCAGGGCCAGGAAGAUCGAACUCGCGCUCCUGGGAAGAAGAGAGGAACUGGAAACGAUAUACGUACCAGGUUAGACUCUGCUCUUUGAGAACCGGAAGCGGCCGUCCCUGAAGUCACUCCCCCGGUGCCGAGGCGCAGGAGGCACGCGGAAGAAGACCCGCGGGAGUGCGCCGUCAACCUGAAGCGCCUUAAGACCGAAGAUCCAGGCAGGUUCGCACGGCUCAGGGACGAAUACGAACUGUAA